UAUAUGAGCGCACGCGGCGGAAUCUUUUUCCCUUUUAGCGCCAUCAGAGAGCGGGAGUCUCGCGCUGUUCACUGCGCAGUAGCACCGCCGCCUCAAACACCGACACGCAUCAGGAUCUCGGAAGUAAAACCGUGAAACAACAUGGCAGAUCUGGACAAUAAAGAGCAGACUGAAAUGGACCCGGCUGAUAUGGAGGAUGUUGAAGAGGUAGAGGAGGAGGAAACCGCUGAGGACAACAGCAAAGCACGUCAGCUGACCAUGCAGAUGAUGCAGAACCCCCAGAUUCUUGCGGCGCUGCAGGAGAGGUUGGAUGGGCUUGUGGGGUCUCCCUCAGGGUAUAUGGAGAGUUUACCAAAGGUGGUGAAGAGACGUGUCAAUGCGCUCAAGAACCUGCAGGUCAAAUGUGCCCACAUUGAAGCCAAGUUCUACGAAGAAGUUCAUGAACUGGAACGCAAAUAUGCUGCUCUGUACCAGCCUCUCUUUGACAAGCGGAGUGAAAUCGUGAGAGCAUCCUAUGAACCCACAGAUGAAGAGUGUGAGUGGAAACAAGAUGAGGAGGAAGAGCUGACAGUAAGUAAGCAGGAGGAGAUGAAGGAAAAAGCCAAAGUGGAAGAGGAGAAGAAAGAUGAGGAGAAAGAAGACCCUAAAGGAAUCCCAGAAUUCUGGCUCACAGUUUUCAAGAAUGUGGAUCUACUCAGUGAAAUGUUGCAGGAACACGAUGAACCAAUCCUCAAGCACUUACAAGAUAUCAAAGUCAAAUUCUCUGACGCAGGCCAGCCAAUGAGCUUCACAUUAGAGUUCCAUUUUGAACCCAACGAAUUCUUCACAAACACAGUCCUGACAAAGACCUACAAAAUGAGGUCUGAGCCAGACGAGUCUGAUCCGUUCUCUUUCGACGGGCCAGAGAUCAUGGGCUGCACAGGGUGCCCGAUUGACUGGAGUAAGGGAAAGAACGUCACAUUGAAAACCAUCAAAAAGAAACAGAAACAUAAGGGUCGUGGCACAGUCAGGACAGUCACAAAGACAGUCCCCAAUGAUUCCUUCUUCAAUUUCUUCUCUCCACCCGAAGUUCCAGAAAAUGGUGAACUGGACGAGGACUCCGAAGCCGUGUUAGCUGCAGACUUUGAGAUCGGACACUUCAUCCGUGAGCGUAUCGUGCCCAGGGCGGUGCUGUAUUUCACUGGGGAGGCUAUUGAAGAUGAUGACGAUGAUUAUGAUGAGGAAGGAGAGGAAGCAGAUGAUGAGGAGGGCGAAGAGGAGGCAGAUGAAGAAAACGAUCCAGACUAUGAACCCAAGGUGUAAAUGAUGUCUGUAGUAACCCUGUCCUGAAGGAUGCCAACCCCCCAGAGGAGUGCAAACAGCAGUGAUGGCGUGCCCACUUCUAUCAGGAUCCCCUACACUGUAACGGCUUCAAACAAACAUAGUUACUUACCGCCUUACAAUGUUUUGUAUUUUUCUUGGUAGAAAUGAUUGAAAAAUAAAA